AUGCUGUCUCACGCCGACCUCCUGGACGCCAGGCUAGGUAUGAAAGAUGCCGCCGAGCUUCUGGGCCACCGGGAGGCGGUGAAGUGUAGGCUGGGCGUGGGGGGCUCUGACCCUGGGGGCCAUCCAGGGGACCUGGCGCCCAACUCAGAUCCAGUCGAAGGAGCCACUCUGCUGCCGGGUGAGGACAUCACCACAGUGGGCUCUACUCCUGCUUCGCUGGCGGUGAGCGCCAAAGACCCAGACAAGCAGCCGGGGCCCCAGGGCGGCCCCAACCCCAGCCAAGCCGGACAACAGCAGGGCCAACAGAAACAGAAGCGCCACCGGACACGCUUCACCCCGGCUCAGCUCAACGAGUUGGAGAGGAGCUUCGCCAAGACUCACUACCCCGAUAUCUUCAUGCGUGAGGAGUUGGCGCUGCGUAUUGGGCUGACCGAGUCUCGAGUGCAGGUCUGGUUCCAGAAUCGGCGCGCCAAGUGGAAGAAGCGCAAGAAAUCCUUCAGGACUGGUGUUCGUUUGCUUCCUUUUCUGUUUUUCUCUUCUCGCUGCUCUGUGCCCUUGGUUGUUUCGUGGUCGUCCUAUCGCGUCCUUCGUGCCCCCUCGGCCUCCUGCCGGCCGCCGCACCGUGAGGCCUCCAUAGUAAGGCUGCCUGAUGUGCCUGCUGUGACCCGGGCCUGCAAGGCCUGUCAGGCAGGAAGUGUGGAAGCCCGGCCGGGAGCGUUCCACGCGAGCUCAGAGGCUUUGGGCCUAAGGCCGGGAUCUGGGCAGGGCAGGAGGGCAACACCGGGUCAAGAGUGGGCCAACACCGGUCGGAGUGAGGCACAGAGGGCGCCCCUCGCGGACUGGGACUGCAUGGCGCCUGAGGGUAGGGCUGUGGGCACGAGGAGGCCGCGGUUAAGAAGCCUUAAGGGCCGGGUCCUGGGAGCUUGGGUGCAGCGCCCCAAGGGCAUUCUGGCGUCCUGA